UAACAAAGUUAAUCAGCUGCUUAAGCACGUUCCGCAUUCUAGGAAUGCGGAACGUGCUUCCCCAAUGAUUGGGGAGACAGUUUUGUCUCCCCAAUCAUUGGGACUGCAAUGAUUGGGCAUUUAGUGCCCAAUCAUUGCUGAACUUUUAAAAAAAAACAAAUUUUAUUUAAUUUUUUUUAUAAACACUAUAAAUUAAAUACAAUGUUAUCAAACGAUAUAUUAAAAAUCGAUUUAAAUGCUUGUUUGAUUUAAGUACUAAUUUUAACAAAUUGAAAAUAUCUGGGUACCGGAGCCAACUACCGCAUGUAGGUCACUUAAUUUGUAUCUCUGAGCCUUGGUUUUGCAUAUAUAACUUAGUCUCUAAAAUAAACACACCUCAUUCACUCUCAUUACAGAACAACAAACUGAUUUUGAGUUUCCGAAUGGAUUCUUGUCCUUUAAGAGACGACGGAAGGCCGAUGUUCAAAUCAAAAAUACCCCGUUUUUUCAAGAUUAUUCUUGACGACGCCCUUCGUGAUGGCAAGCUUUAUAUUCCAAGAAAAUUUGUCAGACUCUACGGAAACAAUCUGCCAAGUUCAGUAGUCCUCAAGGUUCCAAGUGGUGCAAAAUGGAAACUAGAUUUAGUGAAAUCUGACGGUGAGAUUUGGUUCCAGAAGGGUUGGCAAGACUUUGUCAACUUUUACUCUAUAGCUUAUCGGUCAUUUCUAGUCGACCACUUUCAGUGUUUUAUUUUUUCUUUUAUUUAUUUAAUGAAGGUUCAAUAGAAAAUCGUUUAUUAAUUUAUAUCGAUUUCUAAAAUUAUAUCAUUUGUUAAUAAUAAUUUAAAAUCGUUAUUAAUUCAUAUCGUUUAUUAAUAUUAUUUUUUUAAAAAUUAUUUAUUAAUUUUUUUUGGCAAUGAUUGGCCCAA